CCACAAUCCCUGUCACAUUGUGUGUUUAGGCUCAGGGGUGGCGCCCAGCUCAGCCUGACUGCAACUUAUUGACUGAGCACUGCUGGAACAGACAAGCUCCCAGGGACUCCAAAUUAUAUUACUUGUCAUGAAGAAGGCCCAAUCAGGGGCCGAAACAUUGACCAUGACCAUUUAAAAAUUGAAUCUCUGAUGUAUUCAGAAUAAAAUCAAGCAGUUGAUGAAUUAAAAAUACCUGUUCACGAAGACUAGCACUAUGACUGAUGGGGACUAUGACUAUCUGAUUAAGCUCCUGGCUCUUGGAGAUUCCGGAGUUGGAAAGACCACAUUUCUUUACAGAUACACAGACAACAAGUUCAACCCUAAGUUUAUCACUACAGUUGGAAUAGAUUUCCGGGAAAAGCGAGUGAUAUACAAUAAUGCCGGUCCUGGUGGGACACAUGGAAAGACUUUCAAGGUUCAUUUACAAUUGUGGGACACAGCUGGCCAAGAAAGGUUCCGAAGUCUCACAACAGCUUUUUUCAGAGAUGCAAUGGGUUUCUUAUUAAUGUUUGAUCUUACAAGUCAACAAAGUUUCCUCAAUGUCAGAAACUGGAUGAGUCAGCUUCAAGCAAAUGCUUACUGUGAAAGCCCAGACAUUGUAUUAAUUGGUAACAAGGCUGACCUGUCAGAUCAGAGAGAGGUCAAUGAAAGACAAGCUAGAGAGCUUGCAGAUAAAUAUGGAAUUCCAUACUUUGAAACAAGUGCCGCAACUGGGCAGAAUGUUGAGAAGUCCGUAGACACUCUUCUGGACUUGAUUAUGAAGCGAAUGGAACAGUGUGUGGACAAGACACAAGUACCAGACACAGUAAAUGGAGGAAGUUCUGGGAAACUAGAUGAAACUAAGCCAGAUACAAAAAAGUGUGCCUGUUAAAAAUAACUCUAGAGACUGUGAGAAUCUGAUACAACUGAAAUCCAAAGUGGCUGAGAAACCACUUAGUGAAUAUGUUGGGCUAUAUGUGCGCUACAGCAAGUCAUAUUUUCAUAUCCGUAACAAAGUAUGUAAUAGAGCCCGCAGUGAUUCCUUUUUUUCGUGGGUAAACUACCUAUAUAUGAUAACAUCUCUUGUAAAGAAAGUGUUAUACUUAACUAUAUAUGCAUCAGAAUAUACAAAAAAAAAUACGUUUGUUACAGAAAAAAUGCCAUUGUUUUUCAAUAAAAACUGUUUUAUUUUUCUGA